CUCCUCUUGCUCAUACAACUCUUCCUCGACCUCAUCUCAUCGUACUCUACCCAGACUCAACUUACAACAAACCCAUCCAACCCAAGAUGACCACACACACCAACCACCCCCCCGAAACGCCCAGAAAUCCUCACAUGCUGCCUCCGCACCUCCUGCACAUGGCACACCCCCCUCAAACGACACUCCGUCUACACCACCGGCCACCACCCCACCCGCGCCAUUGUGCUGCUGCACCACCUCCUCGGCUGGUCCUUCCCCAACCUCCGCCUCCUGGCCGACCGCUACGCCCACAGCGCCCCCGCCACCGUCUUCCUCCCCGACUUCUUUGGGGGCGAGAGCCUCCCCGCCGGCCCCAUCCUGGCCGGCCGCUGGGCCGAGCUCGACCUCCCCGGGUUUCUGGGUCGGAAUGCGCGCUCCGUGAGCCGGAGAUCGUGGCUUUCGUGAGGUAUUUGCGGGGGAGUUUGGGGUUUGAACGCGUUGUGGAGCUGGGGGGUGGGGGUUUUGGGGAGGAUGGGAGUUUGGGGGAAAGUGAGGGUGACGGUGGUGAUGGUUACGGUGAAGGGCAACCACAAUACCUGGUGGACUGCGUGCCGAUCGGCCAUCCCAGUCUAUUGACGGAGGAGGAUAUUGCCGGCGUGCAGGUGCCGGUGCAGGUACUGGCGCCGCAGAGGGAUCCGGUGUAUACGGCGCAGCUCAAGGCAUUCACCGUCCAGAAUCUGCAGGAGAGGGGGGUCCCGUUCGAGUAUCGGUUUUUUCCGGGGGUGGAGCAUGGGUGUUUCACUAGGGGGGAUGAGGGGGUUCCGGGGGAGAGUGAGGCGGUU